AUGAUCAGGGAGGCCGUGGCGGCUGUGAUGGCCAGUAUAUUCAUAGUUCAGUCUGUAGAAGCAGUUAGAUGUCUAGAUUGUGUAGGUGAAGAUUGUAUGGGUGACUUCUGUAAUGGCGACGUCUGUGUGGUGUCAUCAUUUACACCUCGGUGGGGAUCGUUGCAGAGGAAGUCGGAGAUGGUUAAGGGAUGCAUGAGUGGCAAGAUGCUACGCCGAGACCUUCGAAGUCACUGUGAAGUGGCCCAGGGUUCUGGGGUAGGUUAUUACUUGUCAUUUUGGGCAUGAAGUGGUCUGUUACGUCAAAAAAGGGCAAAGUUUAUCAAUUUUAAGAUGUUUUUUGAACUUUUUGAUUAAAAUUCACGCUUAUUACUAGGCAUGUUUACUGCUAGAGUAAUCUGUGGUAAGACUAGCUACUAUAAUAUUUUACUCAGACUGGAGAAUGUAGUAUUUUACUUUUUAUUAUUCCUUUGUGCAGACGAAUAAUAUUAAACUUCCUUGACAAUGUCAUAGAUACCACAUAUUAAUGGGCAUCGAAUAUUAGCAGACAUCAAUGUUAAUGUAAUGAAUCAAAGUGAGAUGCAAAAGUAAUGGCGUGUAAUUUGAUUGGGGGAGUAAUGGAUUACUGUUUACGGCGCAAUUACUUGUUUUUUGGGACUUGCAUGAUAAUAUAUUGUUUUUGGAGGCAUUUGGUUUAAAAGUGCUCUUUGUUGUACUUUUAUAACAAGGAUAGUAAAACUGUAGUUAUUGUUGGUAAUUACUAUGUAAACAUAAUCAAAAAGUGCAUUUUAGUAAAAAAACAAAAUAUGUUGCUUUUUUGCAUGAAAAAUCAUUACAUAACGGUAAAAAUAAUGAUAUUAUCGUAUCUUAAUUACAUUAUACAUGAUAAACUUUCCAGGACGUGUUCACCUGUUUCUGCGAUGACAAAAACAUGUGUAACAAGAACCCUGCCCGGAAGUACGAGCAAGAAGAAGUCAAACUGUACAAGUGUUCGUGCGACGGUCCCCACUGCGACGGCAACGUCUGCUACGGAGAACUGUGCUCUUUCGUCAAGAAUCACGUCACAGGAGAGACAGAGAAGGGAUGUGUCAAUGCAUCGUUACCUUUGGUCGAGCGACGCUCAGCUGGAGCCUGCAUGAUGCCGCCGAUGACUGGAGCCAUGCACCACAGUGUAGCCAAAGAUGCCGAACAGCUACAGCAAACCGAGAGUUGUAUUUGUGCUGGAGAUUACUGUAACAGGAAGAAACCCCGGAUCAGAGUGAAGGAAGAUCAAAGAUGUAAUGCUAGUGUAGAGGUCACGAUGUUUGGCAACAAGGUGAGUUUUAGUUUAUUUGAGAUGAUUAAGUUUUAAAAUUUAAUUUAGUUAUUAACUUAUAAGUUUCAUCGGUCAAAUAGUUUAAAGAAAAGCUUUUAUUACUAUAUUGGAUUGUUUACAUAAUUCUGUGUCCCUAAUGCCAAAAAUUUGAUGUGAGGGGCACAGAAUUAUGUGAGCAAACUGAUACUUGUUUUCUUUUUUACUUUGGCUAAUUUACCUUGCAGUGGGUAGUUGUUUUUUAAAUUUAUAUUAUACUAGGUGGUCUGUGUUCAGGUGUUUGUAAAUAAUUUUGAUAUCUAGCUAAUAGGAUAGAUAAUUACGGAUUUAAUCUGUUUACGAGAUUUAAUAGUGAUUAGUUUAUUAUUAAAUUUUAAGAAUGUUAAACAAAUUGAAUCUAAUUGGCUUUGUUUGUAAAAAUAACAACUUUACUUUAAUUAACUGUUACUUAAACAUUAUUGCAUACUUAAAAACAUAUUUUAUGAAAUAUUUAAAAGGUAAAGAAAUUAAACGAUAAGUAAAACUAAUAUUUUGUUACACACCUAAACCCACCUUAUUUUAGGCUUCGACCGGAGUAAAGCCAUGUGAAGGUGAAUAUUGUUUCGUGGUGAACAUUGCCAGUGAGAUGGGAGUUCCAGACUCUUACCGUACUCAAGGUUGCUUGAGUUUUGUCGAAGGUGCCGAACUGGCCGAAGAAUUAAAUCCCACGGGCUGUGCUAAGUUCGACAGCGAGAAAUUGAAAGUACAGGCUUGUCUUAAAACAUCCAACAAACAAACCAUCAGGAGGGCCGAGGAGAACCGACAACAACCGCCUCGGGCCAAGGGGCAGGGCAAAAAGUAGGUUUACAUUAAUAUAUAAAGUUGUAGUAGUUUAUGUUAAAAUAAAAAAUAUUUUUUGGCUAAUUUUUUACUUUUUUAAUUUUUAAUUAGCGUUUUCUUUAAAUUUCCUAUUUUAUUAGGCUAAAAAUGACCAAGAAAGACGAGAUUAUGUCGUCCAAACCUUUAAAACACUAUUUUUGUUGAAACCUCUAUGUUUACAUUCUAAUUCUUUGAGAUGUUUACCCGAAAUGUCACGUUUACAACAAACAUUAACAUGCCAUUUCAGCAUGGAGAUCGAGUACGAUGAAGAAGAAGAGGAAGAGGAGAAACCCGAGAAGGAAGUAGAAGAAGAAGAGAAGGAAGAACGUGACGAAUCCGAGGAAGAAGAGGAAGCAGAUGCCAAAAAGGAGAAGCUCCCCUCCUCCACCCCACACUACAUCUUCGAACGACCCACCCUACCCCCCGAGCCGGAAGACUCCAACACCGCCCUCAUCUCGGUGUUCGGCCUUCUGAUUCUGCUAAUCGCCUUGAGUGGCGUCGUCUGGAAAUUCGAGCUACACAAACGGCUGUUCCGUGCCAACUACGAUACGGUGGCCGGCGGCUAA